GUGAGAUUGCAAUAAAUACCUUCUUAACACUUUGUCUGCCCGGGACUCUGUCUGUGUCUCUGCGACUCUACAGCUCGGCCUGGUUGAAGUAACCUCAGGAUCCUCCCGCUAACAUGGCCUCUGAGAAAAGACUUUCUGCGAGGCGUAAGCACACCCUUAAGAGCUGCAUGCUUGUGGUGGCGACUAAUUUGCUGGACGCUGAAGCGACAGUGAAGGCCAAAGACAGGGAGACGUUUUUGGCAGAGAAAUGUCCUCCUAUUGAGCUGCCGUACUCCAGGGACGAGCUCGUGGAACUGUGCAAGAAGCUUCAUGAGCAGGUGACCAUCAGUGAAGAUGAGAGAUACUGCAUAGAGUUCAAACUGAACAUGGUGCUCGAUGAGGUCAGGGACCUCAACAUCAAGAUUGUGGAUCUGAGGGGAAAGUUCAAGAGACCCCGGCUGAAGAAAGUGCGCAUGUCUGCUGACGCCAUGCUGAAGGCUCUGCUGGGCUCCAAACACACCGUCAACAUGGACCUGAGGGCCAACCUGAAGCAGGUCAAGAAGGAGGUGAAAGAGGAGGACAAGCAGCUGCGUGAUGUGGGAGACUGGCGUAAGAACAUUGAAGACAAGUCUGACAGGAAGAAGAUGUUUGAUAGCUAAAUGUGAGGGUGACCUUCAGGGCAGAAAUCAGGUCUAAUGAAGGGCUUUAAUCCACAGAGCUGCAUAUCCACUUUAAUUUGUAGAAUCUUUAUCUUACUAAAUAUCACCUAAAGGUUAUGGUGCUUUCUAAGUGUUACAGUAAGUGAUAAAUGGCCUUUAAUUCAAAGCUUGUCACUGAAAUGCAGGAAAUCUGUGAAGUGCGCUGAUGCCAGAGAAGCACGGCUGGGGCAGUGUUGUAGUUUUUGGAUAUCUCUCUUUGGAUUAUACUCUUCACUUGAAUCUAAGCUUCCUUCAUGCUUCAGCCUGUGUUGAAACUGUACUGUGAUAUAUUUGUACUGUGUGUACUCGUGUCAGAUGAAUCAAUCCCACCUUUUGUCUGUAAAGGCCGAUCAAUGCUUUGCUUUAAAACAAUAAUAUGCCUUUGAUGUAUGUGCAAUGGAGUCACAUUUAGCAAAUAAAUCAUGACCCAUGUUCUAA